AUGGAUGAGGUCUGCUUAAUUCAUGCAUCAAUAUCCUUCAGAACAAUCUAUUUGCGAUUUUCUGUCGUUAUGUUUUCAGUAAAUGGAAACGAUAUUGUUGAUUGCAUUCCUGGGCUCUCUCCAACUCGUGGAGUGGAUCUUCCCACAGUCAUGAGGUUGGAAGAAAACUACCAACGCUUUCUAAAAGCGCCGUUGCAGGCAAUUCAUAAAGCACGAUAUCUUCUCUUAGCUUCUGUUUAUGAGCUUGAAGCCGAAGUCAUUGAUGCUCUGAAUGCAAAAGCUUCAUGUUCAAUCUAUACAAUUGGCCCUACGACACAUUUCAAAGUUGAAGACAGUAAUGGUGAUCUUAACUACUUGAAGUGGUUAAACCUUCAGCUUCCAAACUCGGUUUUGUUUGUUUCAUUUGGCAGCUAUCUCUCUAUUUCGAGCUCCCAAAUGGAUGAAAUUGCAGCUGGAUUGUGCAAAAGUGGAACACGUUUCUUGUGGGUGGCACGAGGUGAGACAUUGAGGUUAAAAGAGAUUUGUGGGGGAAAAGGGUUGGUGGUGCCUUGGUGUGAUCAGUUAAGUGUGCUAUGUCAUCCUUCUAUUGGGGGUUUUUUGUCGCACUGUGGUUGGAAUUCCACCAAAGAAGCUAUUUUAGCAGGAGUUCCUAUGCUUGUGUUCCCCAUAAUGAUGGAUCAGGUUACCAAUGCUAAGAUGAUUGUUGAAGAUUGGCAAAUUGGAUGGAGGGUGAAGAGAGAAUUCGACAAGGACAACUUGGCAAAACGAGAUGAAAUUGCAGAACUUGUGCAGAAAUUUAUGGACUUAGAGAGUAGAGAGAGGAAACAACUUACAAAAAAGGCUAUAGAAAUCCAACAAGCUUGUGAAAGAGAAUUUGCAGAAGGUGGGCCAUUCCAAACUUACCUAGAUGGUUUUAUUCGAUCGAUUUUGCAAUACCAUCAUCAUUGA